AGAGAUUCCACAAGAGUUCAAUCUCUCUCUAAAACCCUUAUUUUUUGCAGAACCAUUUUCUAUUCACACAUUCUCUCUUUAGCUCUCUGAAUCAUGGCUUCUCUCUCAAAGCUUCGUCUAACCUCAAUCCAACGACGAAACUUUUCAUCAAUCCUAAACCCUAACUCCAACACUCCUCUCUCAAGCAAAGACAAGUCUCGAGCCGCUCUCUCUCUCCUCAAAUCCGAGAAAAACCCAGAACGUAUCCUCGACAUCUGCCGCGCCGCUUCUCUCACUCCCGACUCUCACCUCGAUCGAAUCGCCUUCUCAGUCGCCAUUUCCAAGCUCUCCGACUCCAAUUACUUCGAGGGUAUUCGCUCUUUUCUCGAAGAACUCAAGUCUCGUCCCGAUCUCCGAACCGAGAAAUUCAUCUCCCAUUCCAUCGUUCUAUAUGGUCAGGCUGGUAUGCUCGAUAAUGCACGCCAAACGUUCGAGAAAAUGAACGACUUGGGUAUCGAUCGGACCGCGAAAUCUCUCAAUGCCCUUCUUUUUUCUUGCAUUGUUGCGAAGAAUUAUGGUGAGGUAAACCGUAUUUUUCUUGAAUUUCCUAAAAAGUAUGGAAUUGAGCCGAAUCUUGAUACUUUCAAUGCUGUUAUUAAGGCUUUUUGUGAGUCGGGUUCGUCGAGUUCUGUGUUUUCGAUAUUAGCUGAGAUGGAUAGGAAGCAUUGUAAGCCUAAUUCGACGUCUUUCGGGACUUUGAUUGCUGGGUUUUAUAAGGAAGAGAAGUAUGAUGAUGUUGGGAAGGUUUUGGAUUUGAUGAAGAAGAAGUAUGAUUUGAGUCCAGGGAUUAGUAUAUAUAAUAUUAGGAUUCAGAGUUUGUGUAAACUUAAGAAAUCUGUGGAAGCUAAGGCUUUGCUUGAUGGGAUGUUGUCGAGGGGGAUGAAGCCGAAUUCGGUUACGUAUUGUCAUUUGAUUCAUGGGUUUUGUAAGGAAGGGAAUUUGGAUGAAGCAAUGAAGUUGUUUAAGAAAAUGGUUAAUAAUAGUGGGUGUAAACCGGACAGUGAUUGUUACUUCACUCUGGUUUACUUCCUAUGCCAAGGUGGGGAUUUUGAAAACGCUUUGCAGAUUUGUAAGGAGAGUAUGGCGAAGGGUUGGAUUCCUAAUUUUGGAACCAUGAAGUCGCUUGUGAAUGGGCUUGCAAGCAUUUCAAAGGUUGAUGAGGCACGGGAACUCGUUGGGCAGAUGAAGGAGAAAUUCUCGAAACAAGCUGACAUGUGGGAUCAAGUAGAAGAGGGUUUGCCUAAGUAGGGAAGACAAACCUUGAAACAUGGUAUGCCACAGUUUCUGUUACGGAGGACCAUGGGAAUAAAAUUGAAAAUUAGGUGGAUAUUUUCUAGAAAAUGGCAUCUAUAGAGAGAUUCCCAUCUUUCAUUUCAUUUGUUGAACUAUCUGAAAUUGUGUUGUUGCUAAAAUUUUCAAAAUGAAGAUGCUGUUUUAGUUGGAUUCUGUUA